CCGAGCCGGUUCCCGCGCGCGCCGCCCGCUCCCGCUCCCGCUCCCGGGCCCGCUCCUUGCCCCGGCGCCCCGCGGGCCAUGGCCGGGUUCGAGCCGGGCUCCCUGCCCGACCUGCUGCCGCUCUACUACCGCCGCCUCUUCCCCUACGGGCCCUACGGGCGCUGGCUCAGCUACGGCGGGGUGGUGAAGAAUUACUUCCAGCGGCGGGAGUUCUCCUUCACGCUGCGCGAUGACAUCUACGUGCGGUACCAGUCCUUCAACAGCCCCCAGGAGCUGGAGAGAGAGAUGCAGAAGAUGAACCCCUACAAGAUCGACGUGGGAGCCGUGUAUUCGCACCGGCCCAGCCAGCACAACACCGUGCACAUGGGCGCCUUCCAGGCUCAGGAGAAGGAGCUGGUGUUCGACAUAGACAUGACGGAUUACAAUGACGUCCGGAGGUGCUGCAGCUCCGCCGAGAUCUGCUCCAAGUGCUGGACCCUUAUGACCAUCGCGAUCCGUGUCAUCGACCGUGCGCUCGUGGAGGAUUUCGGGGUGAAGCACCGCCUGUGGGUGUAUUCGGGCCGGCGAGGCGUCCACUGCUGGGUGUGUGACGACUCCGUCCGGAAGUGGUCGUCCGCCAUGCGCGCCGCCACGGUGGAGUAUCUCACCCUCGUGAAGGGCGGGUCCGAAACCGUAAAGAAGGUGAACCUGACCGACCCCAUUCACCCGUUCAUCAGCAACUCGCUGAGUCUGGUGGAGCCGUACUUUGAAGAAUACGCCCUGGUGGGCCAGGAUAUCCUGGGCAGCAGCGAGAGCUGGGAGAAGGUGGUUGCCCUCGUCCCAGAGUCGGUUCGAGAGAGCCUGCUGCGGGAAUUCCCCAAAAAGCAUGAUUCCGUCCAGCGCUGGGAGCUCCUGAAAAAGAAGAUGGAGAAAUGCAAGCCCUCCCACGCGGAGUCGGAGAUCAUGCUGCAGUACUGCUUUCCGCGGCUGGAUAUCAACGUCAGCAGAGGAGUCAGCCACUUACUGAAGAGCCCGUUCAGCGUCCACCCCAAAACAGGUCGUGUUUCGGUCCCGAUUGAUUUGCGGAAGCUGGAUCAGUUCGACCCGUUCGCCGUUCCAACCAUAAGCUGCCUCUGUAGUGAACUGGACACGGCUCACGAGGAGGAAGACGGAGAGAAGGAAAACGAGGCAGAGCCGGAACCCAAGCGCCGCACCAGGGACUACAAGAAAACCAGCUUGGCUCCGUACGUGAGAGUCUUCGAACAGUUCGUGGAGGAAAUGGAGAAGUCUCGCAAAGGGGAGCUUCUCAAGAAGAGCGACUUACAAGGAGAUUUCUGAGGAUUCUAGUGUCUCCAGUGGGGAAAUCUACAUCUGGUUUGUCCAACCAGCCGUUACAAGAGCUCCAAUCGGGCCAGCGAUUCUUCUUGGCAUUAAAGGCUUUGCCCAGCAGGCUCCCAAGGAAAGGAAACCCAACUGGUCUUGCCUGCUGGAGAGAGCGGAUUUGGAUGUUCAUUGAGCCUGGGCUUGGAGCGUGCGCUGGGAGAAGACUACGCUGUGGAUUGUUGGCAAGAAAUUAGAACUGCUUCCUCCUCUCCCCUCAUCUGCAAACAGCAGGUGGAUUAACCCACCCGACCCUGUUUGCCGGCACAAGGGCAAGGCGGAAUUUUACCUGCCUGAGCAAGAGCCAUUGGUAAAGUGGGAAUUAGGAGAGAGGGGAUCCCAGCUGGCUGAUUCGAGAGGAAGGAAGGAAUUCUCAUCGGCUUAUGGAGUCCGAGGACGCAGGGGUCUGGAAUCGGCACCUGGCUGCUGCCUGCAAAAAUGACCCACAGGUUUUCUUUCUAUCAGGGUAACUCUGCUGCCUGAGCUCUGGGGCAAACCGUUAUUAAUGGAAGAAGCUGCCUGGCAGCCCCAGAUGCAUGAGAUUGGACUGUUGGAUUUGUCAUUUCUAAGCAAUGGUUCCCCGGGCCCAGCUCUUCCAGAUUUCGACCUCAACUGACUUAUUCCAGACAUCAAAGGCUACUCCAGUUGUCCCUCCUCCUGCUUAACGUUCCCUUCUGGCUGCAGCCUGCGUAGUCUUCUCCCUGCUGCAGGGUUUAAUUCGCAAGCUCUUUAUCUCGGCGUGUCGAAUUGAUCCAGGCAGCCUGGGUCUGAUGGCCCAGUAGGAGGCGCUCUGUGUAUCCUUCUUUUGUACUUUUUUAUGCAAAAGGAAAACUAUUAAAGGGUUCAGUGAGCGAUA